AUGGUGAAAAUACUUGUUGAUUAUUUUGCUGAUCAAGCAGCUUUUCUGAAGAAUUUUGAACAAGUUCGCGGUUCUCAAACUGAUUUUGACACUGUUGUCAUCAACAACAUUCCAACUUUACAAACAGCCUCAAAUCUAAUCAAUAAUCUUGGAUUUGAGCAGGAAAUCAUCGCGUUUCGAAAAGUUCAAGCUAUUGUGCUUAGAAUUAAUGAAAAAAUUGAUGAAAGUUUUAAUCAACAACUUAAAAAAUUCAGAAUAAAAUACAAAAAUGGCAUUUUGGUUGCAUUUCAAUCGACGCUCAGCGGAGAAGAAAGCAAAACUUAUUGGCAACUUACAGAUGAUGAAAAAUACUUUUCAAUUUAUGUCAACGAUGAUCAUGAUAAUGCUGCGGUUAUGUACCUGCAUAAUUUUAUUCUGGGUCAAAUGAAUGUUCAUAGAAAUGGAAUCAUCUCGACAUCCAGUCAAACAACCACAAAUCUUGAUCUUAAUGACAUUGGCGAUGAAAAUGGCAACAAUCUUUUAUAUUUGGCAGUUAAAGACAACAACUUGGAAGCAGUUGUGAGUUUUCUAUCCAAAGGAUUAGAUCCAGAAGGUAACGAGUCAUCUCCAGCUAUUGAUGCAGCAUGGGCUAAGUUUAAGAGCAUCAAAGAUGAUCAGAAAGAAAAGAGCAAGAUUGAAAAAAUUAUGAAACUUUUGCUGAAUGCUAAUUCAAGAUUUCCAACAUCUAAGAACUGGUAUGAAGAUGAGAUUGUUCCACAGGCAGUUAAGGACUUUCUAGAAAAGAGAGAGAAUCUUCAAAGAUUAGUUGAUCAUCCUGACUUCAACAAAUUAAGCGAGGACAUGUCUAAAGAUGAUAAUUUAAUUUUUUAUUACAACAGGCACAACGAGUCCUUCUUGGUCUAUGGAUUAAGGACCAAUAAUUACAAAAUACUCAGUUUAAUGAAAGAAGGCUUAAGCAUCGGCAGUCAUGAAGAAGUAGAUCAAGUUUAUUACGAAGCUGAAUCUGUCAGAUCUUCAGAAGUGUGCAAAAAAAAAUAUCGAAAGUUCCAUUGAGCUUCCAAAUGCUCAUCUUUUGAUUCUCCAAAGUAAAUCAAGGAUUUUAAAGAACGACCAAAAAAUGACGAGAAUUUUCACAAAAAAGCUCAUUGAAGCAUGGGAAACGAUCGAUAAUAUUGACUAUUGCUCAACGAUCCUCAAAGUUGCAGCCAGUUGGAAUCAAAUCAAGAUCCAUUUUGACUGCAGUCGCGACAACACAAUGUGGAUGGAUUAUGAGUCUGCUCAACACACCAAAGCUAAAAUUUUUAACAAUGGACGAAUUUUAAUUGGCGCCAAAAAUUUGUUUGAUGAAAAUGAAAAGUUUUUGGUUUUUGGCGCCAUAAUUCAUGAGCUUUGUCAUGCAGCAGUGCUUCUUAUUUACAGAAAUAAUUUUAAUCCAUACAAUAAUGGAAGUAGUGAUGAUAAAUUGAGGUACAAGCAGCAAGUCAUAGCUGAAUGUGUGAGAAAUAAGGAAUCAGAUGUGCAUGUUGGUAAUGUGCUGGCAUUGUACCGAAAAGUGGACCAGCCAUCGGAGUUUAUUGUGACUUAUCCACAAAUAUUGGUGGAAUAUCUGGGAAAAAGUGACAAAAUCAUGAAUUUUAAUGCCAAUUUUAAUGAGCUGAUUAAAUACAGCCAAGAAGUUACUGAACCUGAAUUUGUCUGUGGAUUGUCGGUCAUCAAAAUGCUGCAGGAUGACUCAAGGAAGGUCACAUUUAAUGAUCUUACUAAGCCAUUGCAAGUUAAAAUUUUAAAUUCUGAAGUUAUUUAUAAAGAUUUGGAGUUCAACUUUCAGGACUUGUAUGAUGAAAAUCCUAAUAUUGUCAAUCAGCUGACAUCAAAUGGAAUUAAGGACUUCCUGUUAAAAUCAAAAGAAAUUGUUCUGACAAACAAUCACGUAGAAGUAUUUGAGACGAUUGUUGUUGUCUGAUGGUUCGGAAGAUCGUUAUGUUGUGAUCUGCAGCUUUCCUGGGUCAGGGAUGUCAACAUUUUUAAAAUCAAAGGCACAGAAACUGAAAAAAGACAAUAAAGGCAUCAUCGUAAGCUAUAUUAACCUCAACGACAAUAAGAAGCACUUUGAUGACUUUAUGAAUAAUUCGUUGGAUAUAAAAAAAGUUGUGGAGCUGUUUGGUACCGAAAACUUGAAAGCUGAAGUUCGUGCGAUCUACUUGCUGGAUGGACUCGAUCAGAUUUGGACAAAAUAUGGUGAAUUUUGGCUUAAAGUCUUUAAAAUCAUUAAACAAGAGUCAAAAAUUGAGUUGUGGAUUUCAGCAACACCUCGGCAAACUAUGCAACUUGAGGAUAUAUUCAAUAUCCAGGCAGUCAAGUUUGCAUCACUUACAGACGAUGAAAUUCGAAUAUUCAUCAAAAAUAAUUUAAAAAUUGUCAAGACUGAUGAAACAGCUGAAAAGAUUCUAGAGUUCCUUAAAUACUUGAAGACCCCAGAAGCCAGCUAUGAUUCAGAAAUGAACAAUCUAUCAUUAAUCAAAGACAUCACAUCGUUGUACAAUGAAAAGGAAACCAUUCCAAGUCCAUCAAAUUUAUAUGAAAUAUUUUCAAAAAUUGACAAAAUUAUGUAUCGAAAGUUUUUAAAUCAAUUUGAGGACUGCUUUAACUCAAAUAUUUCGAUUCAAUCUUUGCAUGAAGGUUUAGCAUUAAAGACAAUAUUUGGUGAUAAUUAUAAGCACAAAAAUGGAUUUAAGGUCAAUGAUUUGGUUGUUAUCAGCAUCAAAUGGAAG